UGCGUUCUGAGCCGAAACUAAACAAAAAUGUAUUUAUUAUAAUCAUACACUGCAAUGAAGUGGCAUACGGUGGUAUUUUGGUCCCUGCGGCGCUUAUAUCUGAUACCAGGCUAAAGCUAACAGUACCGGCGUCUAUGUAAAGGCUGAGUCCCGAAUACCUUUCUGUUGUCUUUAUUAGUGCACUACAUAGGCUGAAGACGCCAUUAUUUUAUACCCUCUGAAGUGAACACUUAAAAUACGUCCGGGUUUAUUUGGAAUUCAGUUUUAAUGUCGUCCGUUCUGAUUAUUAAGCGCUAUUUAAAAUUGUGUUUUCGGGCUGUGUUUGCUGGUUAGCAGAUUAGCCUCGAAUCAAAGACUAGAGGCCUGGUGAUCCGCGGCUUUUCCUGAAAUUCGAAACGGACCACAGGGAUAGAAUGAUGGGACGCGACGCCGUUGACUUCCCGGUGUCUGUGGUUCUACCUGCCGCUGGUAGCGGUGAAAGGACAGGACUUCCGACCCCCAAACAGUUCUGCACCUUCCUCAACAGACCACUCAUCAGCUUCACCAUCGAAACCUUUGAAAGAAUCCCAUGGAUCAAAAGCAUUGUUGUUGUAGUUGCUAAGGAGAGCCGUGACCCGAUGCUGCAUAUCGUCCAACAUUUUUGUCAUACAAAAGUGAAAGUUGUUGAAGGGGGAACCACGAGACAUAGAUCCAUCUUCAGCGGUCUUCAGGCGUUCAUUGAGAGCUCAGAGGGCCCCGAGCUUACCAAGCCAAAGGUGGUCAUCAUCCACGAUGCCGUGCGUCCGUUCGUUGAUGAGGAGUUUCUGCUCAAAAUCACGUUGGCAGCCAAAGAACAAGGGGCUUCUGGAGCCAUUCGUCCUCUGGUGUCCACGGUGAUUGCCACCACCUCUGAAGGCUUCCUUGACCACUCACUGGAGCGAACCAAGUACAGGGCCAGUGAAAUGCCCCAAGGAUUUCUCUAUGAUGUCAUCUAUCAGGCAUACCAACGGUGCAGCGAGUUUGACUUUGAGUUUGGCACCGAGUGCCUGCAUUUGGCCCUGCAGUACAGCGGCACCAGUGCCAAGCUUAUUGAGGGACCACCGACACUGUGGAAAGUGACGUAUAAACGAGAUUUGGCUGCAGCAGAGUCGAUUAUCAAAGAGUCUCUCUCGCUGUCAGCGUGCCUCAUCUCAGGAGCCAUGGCAGAAACCGUCGAGCUUUCCAGCAGGCUCCAGAAAAACCUGGAAUCCCACCAUAUGACACUGGAUGUUCUCCCAUGCAUAAAGGAAAAUAAUGAACUGCUGCUAAAGACCAGGAACUUCAUCCAGAUAUCUACCAGUGGUGCGAGUUUAUCUGAAACCGAGGAGAUGGUGAAGGUUUUUGAGGAGAAGAAGCAUGCCCUUUUGUACCCGGUUGUUAUUGUAUGGGUUCGUUUAUGUACAGAUGAGGCGACAGAUAUCCGAAGGAAUGUGGAGCUGAAGGCCACCAUGGAGCUUUCUAUGAAGGUCAAACGGGGGAAUAUUUUACUCUACUGUGUGCAAAUACUUUACUCUAAGGUGGUGCCCUCUUGUGGUAGCUUGGAAACAAUGCUCAAACACACUCAUAAUCCAGUCAUGAGCGAUUUAGUCAUUUGAAUCAGAGAGCUAGUGCUCAGCUUACUAAAUAGUCUCUUUUUCUCACAUCCAAAUCCAAAUUGUUAUACAUCUUCCCUCGGUUUUUCCCACUAAAGGUGAUGUUAGGAUGUGUAAGACCUUGCAGAGGCAAUGAAUCUGGCCAGGGAGUGGUGCUAAUUGUAGGUGUUGAGAUCCUAAUUGCUGAAGAUCCAUCUUCAAAGCUUGUGCUGCUGUGAGGCAGCGGUGGGCCGCUUGCUGCUGAUGGAAAGGUUGAUUGCAGCUCUGGAAUUUCCAAGGACAGUUAGGCAAUGGCUUCUCACUGUGUGGUCUGGCUGGCUUAAGGACCAUUCACUUUUCUUCAGCAAAUUUUCCUUUCUUGAACAAAACCAGCCCAAUGAGUGCCACUGCAGUUUGGUUAUUGCUUGAAACAAUGCCAGUGAUUUUUCAACUGAACUUCUAUUAAACUUCUAUUCUAUCUGAUUUUCUGUUAAACAUGAGAAAUGUCCAAGA